GUACCUGUAACUUGUAAUCUUAAGGCAUAGUAAAGCUUUUCCAGAAAUGAACAAAAUUGCUCUUCCAGCUCUUGUUCAAAUCAGCAGAUGAGCUAUCACGCAAUUACUCCAUUCUUCUUUCGCAAACCCUAACCCUCUUUCUACCUCCUUUUUCGCAUUUUGUGGAACGAUCCUUCUGGAAAGUAUAUAUGGAGAAAGAAGCAAAAAAGGAGGCUUUCAGGAAAUAUCUCGAGUCCAGUGGUGUGCUUGAUGCAUUGACUAAAGUUCUUGUUGCGUUAUAUGAAGAGAAUGAUAAACCUUCCUCCGCUGUUGAAUUUGUUCAACAAAAAUUAGGUGGUCCGUCAAUUUCCGAGUAUGAAAAGCUUCAAGCUGAGAAGUCAGAUCUACAGUUAAUGUAUGACGAGCUCUCCACAUCUUACAAGAAAAAAUGCAAAGAGAUUGAAGAGCUGAAGAACUCAAAAGUCGUGAUAGAUGCGUUUAUUGAUAGAUUGGAUGACAAAGGAAUGGACUGAGUGAAAUGAAGCUAAGAUAGGCAAUACAAAAUCGAUGCUCUAACAAGAAAAAUAUCAUUUGUUCCCUGUAAGAUUUAUGUUACUAAUGCCAUCCAAAGAAUAUAUGGUGAAAAAUGUCUUACAACUGAUUUCCUGAUAAAAAAUGAAGACCUGCUUCUUGUUUGUGAAUUAUUAAACAAAUAUCUGUUGGAUAAAUGAAAGAUAAAUAGAGAUGAAAAAAGUAUUGGGGAGCAA